AAGAAAAGCACAGAUUUUCCACUUUUGAAAAUUUUCAUUACAUUUUCCUUCUUAUUCAAUUAAAAGAUUUAAUGAAAACAGAUACAAAAAAACAUGGAAGUGAACAGUGAGAUAAUUAGGAGUGAUCCGAGAUUAGAAUUUAUGGGUUUGUAUGUUCAGCGACGAUUGAAAUUAAAACCUGAAAAAUGGACCAGGCUAACUACAACAGAAGAGCAUAAGACCACUCUCAAAGAUUUUCUAGACGGCAGUGAUGAUCAAAUUCAAUUGAUUGUGGUGCUUACACCAUCCGCUCAAUUAUUACCUCUUGUCAAUUUUCCCUUAACACAACUCAAAACUAAAGGGAUUUAUUUCAUUAAGAAACGACCAGCACCUAUACCUAAGGAAAAAUGUUCUGAAUUUCUUGUUUAUGGAGACUUAGCAACGAAAGCAAUCGAUCAAUUAUCAUGCCUUGUUGACGAAGUUUUUGUACCACUAUUGUCUAAUGAAGUAAAUUUCGAGGAUUGGCCAGAAAUUGUUGCCCAGGAUGUUCAGAAGCAAGUUCACAACCUGAAAAGUACCGUUUAUCAAGUGAAAGGUCAAGUAAAUGGAGAAACAAUACUUGUAAUGCCUGUAGGGGUUGAUAAAAUUGUGAAAGUAGCUGCUGAAAUGCAGGAAACAAACAAAUGUAUUAUUGAUUUGUAUUUGAAAGGCGCAAUUGAAGGAGUUGUUAUUAAAUGGGUUUUACAAGUAAAUGAUGUUUAUACUGAAAUACCAUCACAGGCUUUUAAUGGAGGACAAAAUCCUCUACCCCAUAUCG